AUGGCGAAAGAUGGUGAUCCCUCUUCGUCAACCGAAAAGAAAGCCGUUCAAACCGAAGGAAGAUGGGCAAGAUGGGGUAGAGCGGGAUUCGACAAGAGUAUCAAAGUAUCUGAUUGGUUCUCACCAUAUGCCAACAAGGUAUCCGAAGCUGUCGGAGGUGAACGAUUCUGGCCACAAUCAAAUGAUAUGCCGUUGGAAUUAGAAAAAUGUGAACGUAUUCUUCGUGCAUUCACUGUAGAAGGUGUACAGCAAAAAGACUCAAAAGAAGAAAGUGUGCAAGAUGCACAAGGCAAUUGGAUCACGAAAAAGGUCAAAGUCUUGAGAAAGAUUCCUCCAGCAGCCAUCCGGAAUGCAAAAGGAAUAGCAAUCUUUUCAUCUAUGAGAAGUGGAAUCGCACCUCUCGGCGGUGGAGGCGGAUCUGGCUUGUUCUUAGCACGUUUGCCUAAUGGAUCUUGGUCAGGACCUUCUGCCAUUUCACCUCAAAGUGGGGCGGUAGGAUUGUUGCUUGGAAUUGACUUUUUGGAUGUGGUACUUUUGAUCAACAGUGAAAAGACUUUAGAGACAUUCAAAACUCAUCGUGUCGAUCUUGGUGCAGAGACUGGAGUAACAGCCGGUCCUUAUGGAACAGGAUACAGUGCAGAAGCAAGUUACGAUCGUGCUCCAGUAUACUCGUAUGUACGUAAUAGAGGAGCUUAUGCAGGAAUCGAGCUGUUAGGUCAAGUAUUUUUGCACAGGUUCGAUGAAAACGAGCGAUUCUAUUAUUGGCCCGGAAUUGGUGCAAGAGAUAUUUUCGAAGGUAAAGUGCGUAUUCCACCUGUCGUUUAUCCACUUCAUCGUGCAUUACGGGAUGCCGAAACAGGAAGAGCACAAGGAGGCAAGCUAGAGAGGACUGAAUACGAUAUCAUCAAGAUACCAGAAAUUGAAGAGGAAGAGAUCGUCCAAGACGGAGAACGGUUAAGAUUACCACCGACGCCUGCAGAGCUUGAAAUGAUGGAAGCUGCAGGUAUACCAGACGAGGAA